AUGACUCAGUCAACGGAGGAGGCACAUGACGUGACGUUUGAUCAAGACAUCAAAAGCCAAACCGAUCAACAAUCUCACGCGAAAGAACCACAGCAUCAAAGCGACGAUGAAAUACAGUAUCUUGAAAUUCAGUUACUUGAAGCGAAGAAUGAAGAAGCAGUGAUCUAUGCUCAAAUAAAAGAAUACGGAGAUUUCGUCGAGAAACACAAAUGUGAAUUGCGUCAACUUGACGACAAACUCGAGGGACUCAACAAUGAAAUCCAACGAAUCGAACAAGAACACGAUAUCGUACACGAUGAGCAGUACCGACUCAAAAAUGUUCGUCGACAACGAGAACAAGAACGUCAUUAUCUUAAAGAAGAAUUCUACAAAGAAGAAAAAGAAACGGGACGACUCCGUGAACGAUUAGAUGAACUAGAAGAGAAAAGGUUUCAUUUAAACGAGCAACGCGAUAAUUGGGAACAAGAACAUCAGCAGAUCAAACAGAUAAAUCAAGCGAUCGACCAGCAAAUUCAGCAAGUCGAACAACAAUUGAGACAAUUUAACACACGUUUGAAUCAAUUGAAGGAGGAGAUCUUACAAAUUGAAUAUGAUAAUGAACAAUUUCAAAAUUAUUUACGAGAGCUUGAACAAAAAUUGGCCACAGUCGAACAGGAACGUACCAAACUAGAGCUUCGAAUACAUGAGAAUGAAUUGUCUUCUGCUAAAGCCCGAGACGAAAUAAACAAACUCGAAAGCAUUAUUCGACGAAUUGAGAACAUGAUCGAUAUGAAACGAAAUCGGCAAGACGAAUUAAAACAAUACACAGACAAAUUGCAGAACGAUCAUACGCAAACACAACAGCAGAUAUUUCAAGCUACGCAAGACAUUAAUGGUACCGAAGAGAGAAUGAAACUGUUACAAGAUAAUACUGAACGAGUUCAAAUUGAAGUGAAUACAUUGAGAGAAGAGAUUGCCGAAAGAGAACGAUUAGUACAGCAGCUACUCGAACAAAAACAACGACUUAUGUAA